AUGGUAACGGAAUUGUUUGACAUUGAACCCUCUUUCUGUGACUUUCAUUUUCUCCUCGCACAGUUGGACCAAAAAAGGGAAGCGUUCCGAAAGUAUCUCGAAUCGGCGGGUGCUAUCGAUUGUCUUAGCAAGGCCCUUAUCCGCCUGUACCAGGAAGAGCACAAGCCCGAAAAUGCGUGCAAAUUCAUCCGCCAGGUGCUGUGUGAAAACUGUCCAACCGACGAACAGGUGGUGGAAAGUUUGGAAGAGCUCGCCCAAGCUCGCAAGCGUAUCCAGCAGCUGGAGCGCGAAAAUCGAGGACUCGUUCUGAACGUUCGUCGCACCGCAAGCGAAACCAAUCUCGAGCUUGACAAUGGCCUCCAACAGCUGACGGAAGAUGAAGGGUGCAACUCAUUGCUCAAGAAACAUCUCACCCAGGAGCUGCUGGAUACGCUGAAGGAGGUGAAAACACCAGCCUACAAAUCGACACUCCUCGACUGUAUUCAGUCUGGCUUAAAGCAUCACGAUUCGCACGUUGGACUGUACGCGGCAGAUCCGAUGGCGUACAGCAUAUUUGCAGAUCUGUUUAAUCCACUGAUCGAAGAGUAUCAUGCGGGUUUCGGUGCGGCGGACAAACAGCCGGACCUUAGCUGGGGUGAUGCGACCGAACUGGAGAAUCCGGAUCCCGAGGGUCAGUACGUUAUAUCGACACGUGUACGAUGCGCUCGGUCAGUUGAAGGAUUCCCAUUCCAUCCACGCAUGCAGGAAGAUCAGUACGAAGAAAUUUACGAGAAGGUGCGUACGGCUGUGCAGGAACUGCCCGAAGAAUUGCAGGGUGAACUGCACCUGCUCGAAACGCUCGACGCGAGCACUAAGUUGGAGUUGACCGAAGGACACUAUCUAUUCAAAGAGUGUGACCGGUUCCUGGAUGAAGCUCAGGCCAAUCGAUUCUUCCCGGCGGGAAGAGCUAUCUUUCUGAACGAAGCGAAAACGUUUGUGGUUUGGGUAAAUGAAGAAGAUCAUUUGCGGAUCAUUUCCAUGCAGGAUGGUGCAGAUAUCGCGCAAGUAUAUCAACGGUUCAUUACCGCACUGGAUACGCUAGACAAUAAGAUUCCCUUCCAACGGGACGAACGUCUCGGCUAUCUUACCUUCUGUCCGACCAAUCUCGGCACCGCUAUACGUGCUUCGGUACAUAUUCGGCUACCGAAGCUGGGCAGUGAUAAGGCCCGACUGGAGGAGGUGGCGGCUACUCACAAUCUACAGAUUCGCGGUGUGCACGGAGAGCACACGGAAACCGAUGAUGGUGUGCUGGAUGUGUCCAACAAGCGACGCCUUGGCUUGACCGAGUUUGACGCCGUCAAGGAGAUGGUGGACGGUGUGAAGGCAUUGAUCGAGCUGGAAAAAGAGCUGGAAGCUGGAGGAGGUGGUGCUGAAGUUCCCACCGAAGCAGAAGCUGCAGAGGAAUAA